AUGGGAUCAACUGCUGCAGACAAUCAUCAUCAACCGCUGCUGCCGGCGACGGCGGCGUUGUUGUCGUCUCCGUCACUAUUUUCGAAUGAGCACGAAACUAGUGACGAACUGGAGAAGAUAUUAUCGGACACCAAGUUGAGUGCCGUCCAGCGUUACAGUCGAGCUACUUGGACAGAGAUGAAGCUUAUGUCCCACUUGGCAGCUCCGGCCAUUUUGGUGUUCGUCAUUAACAACCUCCUCUCCAUGUCUACACAGAUCUUAUCCGGCCACCUUGGCAACCUCCAGCUCGCCGCUUCCUCUCUCGGCAACAAUGGCAUUCAAAUUUUCGCAUACGGUCUCAUGAUGGGAAUGGGAAGCGCAAUGGAAACUCUAUGUGGGCAAGCAUAUGGUGCGGAGAAGUACGCAAUGCUUGGCAUUUACUUACAGAGAUCAGCCAUAUUGUUGACACUAACGGGCGUACUCUUAACAAUUUUUUAUAUGUUUUGCAAGCCCAUCUUAAUCUUUGUGGGUGAACCCAAGGAUAUUGCUUCAGCAGCUGCAGCUUUCGUGUACGGUCUGAUCCCUCAACUCUUCGCCUACGCUAUAAACUUCCCAUUCCAGAAGUUUCUUCAGGCUCAAAGCAUAGUAUUUCCCAGCGUAUGUAUAUCGGCUGGGACGCUGGUGGUGCACGUGCUGCUGAGUUGGGUGGUUGCCUAUAAAAUUGGGUUAGGCCUGUUUGGAGCGUCGUUGGUGCUCAGCUUCUCUUGGUGGAUAAUAGUGGUCGCCCAAUUUGUGUACAUAAUUAAGAGCGACAAGUGUCAAGCCACAUGGAUAGGGUUUAGCACGAAGGCGUUUUCGGGGUUGUCGGGAUACUUCAAGCUGUCGCUGGCGUCGGCGGCGAUGCAGUGCUUGGAGAUUUGGUAUUUCCCGAUUAUGGUAUUGCUUGCUGGAUUGCUUGAAAACCCUGAGCUUGCCCUUGACUCCCUUUCCAUUUGCAUGACUUUAUCUGAAUGGAUUUUCAUGAUUUCAGUCGGCUUCAGUGCUGCCGUAAGUGUGAGAGUGAGCAACGAACUGGGAAGCAGACAUCCGAAAUCGGCAGCAUUUUGUGUGGUGGUGGUGACAGCCAUUGUGUUCAUCAUAUCUGUAUUCUGGGCUGUAGUUGUACUCGCACUUCGCGAUGUCAUCAGCUACACCUUUACAGAAGGCCCCGUCGUGGCGGCCGCGGUGUCUGAUCUCUGUCCACUUCUCGCUCUCACCCUCCUCCUCAAAGGAAUCCAGCCUGUGUUAUCUGGCGUGGCGGUUGGGUGCGGGUGGCAAGCCUUCGUGGCCUAUGUAAACGUGGGUUGCUUUUAUGUGGUCGGAGUUCCGUUGGGUGCCUUCCUUGGUUUCUAUUUCAAACUUGGUGUCAAGGGUAUAUGGGUGGGCAUGAUCGGUGGAACCUUUGUGCAGGUGGUCCUUCUGAUAUGGCUUAUAAUUCGAACCAAUUGGAUUAAAGAGGUGGACGAAGCAGCUAAAAGAUUAAACAAGUGGGAUGACAAGAACCAAAUUAUUUUGAAGAAUUGA